CUUGUCUCAAUUAUUUACUGAUAUAUGACCGUUCUAUUUAUUAAAAAGUGAAAUUUGUUGAAGAGUUGUUUUAAUUUGCAUCCUGGGAUUUAUGUAAUAAAUAAUUUUCAUAUCAUUUGAAAAAUUUGCGCAAAAAAACAUAAAACAUUGGCAUUUCAUCUUUGGUGGCAUCAUGUCAUGUUGAGAUAUGUUGCCUCUUCAAAAUUUGUUUGCUAAUAAAAACAGCUUUGUCAAAUCACCAAAAGGAGAGUUCAUUGCUAGCAAUGUAUGGCAUUAAACCUUUAAUUGCUAAAAUCUUUAAUUGCCUGUCGAGUUACCCCUUUAUAACAUCUUUAGCAACACUAUUGUCGAAAGUUCACCUAUUUUUUUUGUCUACGUCAUUCCUUUUUCACUUCUUAUUCCCCAUUGCCCAUUUUUUAUUGGACUUUUUAUGUUUGUCUUUCGCUGCCAGUCAGCCAUUGUCAGUGUAUUUAUAAAAUCGUCGCGACUGAAUUUAUUUUGGUGUAAAUUUUUACUGUUGCUGAAUAUUAAACAUUUAUCCAUUGUUUAUAACAUCAUACUGCGUAUUUCAGUUAAAGAGGCGUAAAUGGUGCAAUUGUAGAUGGAAAACGAAGUACGCGUUAAAAAAUAAACGGGUUAGAAAACUGGUUGAAAAGGAGGAAGUGGUGAUUACUCAACAUCAUUGAGAAGAGAUUUACUGCAAGAAAGAGUUCUUUUUGGAUUUAUAAACCUAGGCUUAUCAUUAACAUAGAAUUUUCAUAAAUUUUUAAAGAGCAAAGUUCGACAACAACCACAUCGAAAUAAGUAGAUAUGGCAACGCGCAAGAAGUCUUUGCUGAAAGUGAUCAUUCUAGGAGAUAGUAGCGUUGGAAAAACGUCACUCAUGAAUCAAUAUAUAAAUAAACGAUUCUCUAAUCAGUACAAGGCAACGAUCGGAGCUGAUUUCUGUACAAAGGAAGUCAUUGCUGACGACCGAGUAGUCACAAUGCAAAUUUGGGACACUGCUGGACAGGAACGCUUUCAAUCUCUGGGGGUUGCCUUUUACCGUGGCGCUGAUUGUUGUGUACUUGUAUACGACGUCACUUCACCAAAUUCAUUUAAAAAUCUGGAUUCAUGGCGUGAUGAGUUUUUGAUACAGGCGAGUCCAAGAGAUCCAGAUCACUUUCCUUUCGUGGUGCUCGGAAAUAAAGUUGACAUGGAUAAUCGGCAGGUAUCUACAAGGCGAGCUCAACAGUGGUGUCAAUCUAAAAAUGAUAUGCCAUACUUUGAAACUUCAGCGAAAGACGGCACAAAUGUAGAAUUGGCAUUCCAAACUAUUGCUAGAAAUGCGCUUGCUCAGGAAGCCGAGGUUGAACUAUACAAUGAAUUUCCUGAUCAAAUCCGCCUUAACACAGAUCGUAACAAUCGCAAUGGCAAUUCUGAUAACUGUCAGUGCUAAUAUAACUAUGCUGAGUUUAGCAGAAUAAUGGAUCGUAUUGAAAUGAGCGUAAAAAAAUACAUAUAUAUAGAUAUGAAUAUUCAUAACGCGUUCGCGGCUAUAAUAAAAUUCAACAAAAAAUAGACAUAAACAAAGAUGCAAUUGGUAUAGCAGUAAAAAAGCGAAAAUAUUAAAAAAGAAGUAAAUAUAUUUGCAUUAAACUGCAACUAAACAUAAUUUAAAUAUACAUUAAAAUAUGAAUAUUAUUACUAUAAUACUACACACAAUUAUACAUAUAUGAUAAAGAUUACGAUAUAUAAUUUAAAGGGGUUAUACAUUAAGUAAAACAAAUUUCAAGAAAAAUAAAUUAAAAUCGAAAAAAACUCACACCGUACUAAACAGGAAAACCAUUUUUUCAGCUACUAGUUUCGCCAAAUAAAAGUGCAGUUAACUUGAACUAUUUGUAUGGAAUUAUCGCUGUUUCAAUUACAUUAUGCGCACUAAUACCUGGCAAUUGUUUUAAAGUUUUAAGUUGCAAUAUAUGUACAACUAAUUUUUAUAAUAAAGUUACAUAUUUAGGUAAA